AUGGGAUCAGCCAUGGCGGACAACGACGUCCAGGACUGGGCCGAGAUCGAGGCCACCUACUGGUCCGACACGAUCAAGGCCCGGGCCGAAGAGGACCGGAUCAUGGUUGGCAAGUUCGAGGCCAGGACGUCACCUAUGAGGCGGCAGCUUGCCCUGCUCUUUGACCAGCGGGAGGAGCUGACCAGGCAGCUUCAGGAGAUCAAGAGACAGUGUGACGCUGUGGAGGCCGACCUUGACGGCGUUUCUCUUCAGUUCGAAGAGGCAAAGCAGAUCACCGCGGCCGACCGGGAGCGCAAGGACGAGAGCGCGCGGGCCUGGUUCAACUACAACAAGUCGAGGACGGCGCAGCCCCAGCCUCAGCAAAACGGUGCAGGCCCACGGCAGAACGGACACACGAAGGCCAGGGGCAGACGGGAUAGCAGGGUCAAUGGUGACACGCCCGCUCGGGGAAGCUUCACUGCGGUCAACGAGAACGGCAACGGCCACGCCGGCCAGCCUGCUUCGGCGGACAGCUCGCCGCUGUCAGAGCCACGCGAUGUGUCCCCGCUGGACAAGGACCUAACAGGCGCCGAGAUCUACGACCAUGAGGGCAACCGCAUCGUCCCCAUCAAGCGUAUCGCUCGCGAGAACAAAUUCACCCGCCAGAUCAUGCAGAUCCCCAUCCAACGCCACAUUGUCGUGCGUCCCGGUCGCAAGUUCACGCAAGAGACCAUAGAUAGCAUCUAUGAGCCGAGCGACGCCAAGGGAGCGAAGUGGCUGAGCUGUAUGAUCCAGGCAACUGGCGAGGAGCAAGAGUCACCCUGCUCGGCUUGUAUUAACCGGGCGGGGACCUGGGUCGGCUGCGUCAUCGUCGGCGGCGAGGACUUUCCGCGGUGUGCCAACUGCGAGUGGAACCGGCAGGGAUGCACAGGCUCGUCAUAUCACCAGAUACGUGCACGGGACGAAGACCUGCAGACGACCCGGAAAGACCACAACUCACCGUCUCUCGGGGAGCACUCUGUGCUGCCCUCCCGUGAGGGAAGCUCUUUUGGCGGAUUUACGCCUGUCAAUAGUGGUCUAUACAGGCCCCCCGUCGCAGAUCCCCUCGAUGGCCCUUCGAGCGUGCCGUCCAAGCGCAAGUCCCUGCCGAGCAAGAAGGGCGGCAGGAAGUCGCUCCCCAGCAUGGCGAUCAGGGGCAAGGAGGACGCCGAGCCGAUGGAGGACUCGAUCUUGGGCAACGUGGAUGGAGAGGAUGCUCAGUCUGUCGAGCCCGCCGACCCAGGCCCUGAGAUUUCUAAGGAGACUCUCCUCCUGCGGGACAACGGCGUCGAAUUCACAGAGCCUGAGAUCAUGCGCGGCGUGCCGCUCGAUCGCAUCACACCAGAUCACCCCUACUGGGACCCUAAGUGGGAGGAACUGGACCAGGUCACUCAGCAGAAGCUGGAUAGCUGGAAGCGGAAACUCGAGGAAUGCCUGGCUCUUAACAAGAACCGCUUCCUGGCCGGUAGGCAGGUUAACCGUGGCAACACUAUCAUGACCUUCCUCCAGAAGACCGAUUUCCACCCCUACCAGCUCGUCGGCAAGAAGUGGAUCACUAAGGGACUUGUCAGCUACGACACCAUUUUCCGUCUGGCCCAGGUGAUCGACGAGCUUCCUAAACUCGGAGUCGAUGUGACGCCCGUCGCAUGGGUCCGUCAGCGCAUGCAUGAGCUCUACAUGGAGCAGGGUGAGGACUUUAGCCUGGCCAAGACGGUUCACGAACUUUACCACGACCCGAAGCUGAGAGCCCUCCGUACCAAGGCGGGUGUCGGCAACAUUGGACGACCUUCGGGAGUGAAGAAGGGCAUGACCACCAAGGACGCGAAGGCAAAGGCCAAGGAUAAGGAUGCUGCGAAUGGAACUCCGUCUAGGAAGCGGAGACGCCAGUCCAGUGGAAGCCUGAAGCAGGAGCUCAAGCAGGAGGAUCAGGCCAGCCCUAUAGGCUUCGCCAUGUCGCCGCGCAGCGCCAAGAAGCAGCGGUCGGGCAGCAGGCCCAACUCAUCGGGCAAGCAGGACGCCGAGACAAGCGCCGUAGUCUCUCCAUCCCUCGCCUACUACCCCCAGACAAAGUACGGCGGUACGGCCCAGGACGAGUUCGCGCACGACGGCUACACCUCGACAGACUCGUAUAGUGGCGACCACAUCAUGUCGAUCGACUUCCGCGUCAUGCAGCUCAAGACUGCGCAGCACACGACUAACAUGAGCCACACGCAGUACUGGCACUGGAUCAGCGACAAGACCAGCCCGCACUUCGAGCACCAGGUCCUGCGCACGGUCGAGCCUUCGGCCUCGUGGGGCGUGUACAAGGAGCCGCUGGACUUCCACCUGCGGCUGCACGAGCUCGAGCUGGUCGAGUACAGCCUCGAGCCCGGAAGCGACUGCACCAAGAUCGUCGUGCACACGCGGCCCGUCGCCAAGGUCGAGCACAGGGGCAUUGUGAUGGCGUACUUCAAGCGGCAGAGGACCCUGAAGCGGUUCCUGUGCUUCCUGGACAAGAAGGGUAUCCCUCUGGUGAAGCGACCCGCUGAGUACAUCGAGAACCAGUGGAACGCUAUGGAGUCCGCUGUGCUCCCUCGCAGCGAGGAUGACGAGUAG